UUAGUAGUAGUAGUAUACAAACUACAAAGACCAUACUGUUCCCAAAUGACAGAGAGCUUUAGGGCCCUGGGGAAGCCGUCCUAAAUAAUUCACGCCUCCUCCAGUACUGAAAUUACAAGAGAGGGGAAGCGACUUUCACCUCCUGCAACACAUACACUAGAGUACCAGCGCUCUUCGACGAUAGCUCUUUAAAUGAUUUUAUAACUCCGCAAAGUAAACGCAGGUGGCAUUAUUUUCAAUUAUUCAAGAGCAAUCAAACUAACAAACGAUAACACAUAUUUCUGAAGACGUUUGCUGUAUAGGUAGUGAUGGGAGCGUUUCAUUCUAGACCCGAUGAAAAUGACAUACGCCACCUCGCCGACAAGACGGGCUUCUCGGUGGAGCAAGUGGAGAUUCUGCACAGAAGAUUUAAGCAGCUGAGCAGGGACGAGGACACUCUCCAACGAGAGCACCUUUACGGCAUACCUGAUCUGGAGUGCAACCCCAUCCGAACCCAAAUCGUCGCUGCUUUCUUUGACAAACGGAACUUCGAUAAGGAUUCCCCGCAGGGCACUGUGCAGGAGAUCGGCUUCGAGCAGUUCCUGACCGUCAUGUCACACUUCAGACCGCUGAAGCUCCGCAUGACCGAGGAACAGAGGGAGCAACUGAGACUGGAGAAACUGCAGUUCCUCUUUAACAUGUACGACUUGGACAACGACGGAAAGAUCAGCCUGGAAGAAUACAGACACGUUGUUUAUGAGCUCUUGUCCCAAAACCCCCAAAUAGGAAAUGAAUCUGCAGCCAUUGCAGAUGCUGCUAUGUUAGAAGCUGCAACAAUCUGCAUGGGACAAAUGGAGCCAGACCAAGUCUAUGAAGGAAUUACCUUUCAGGACUUUCUAAAGAUGUGGACUGGCAUCGACAUUGAGACCAAGAUGCACGUUCGCUUUUUAAAAAUGGACAACACCACCCUGUGCAAAUGAUGAACACGAUGAACCUUCAGGUUUCAAAUUGGAAGUGCAUUGGGGGUAAUCUACAGGGACAUGAAUGUGUCUGUCUGCUUUUUUUCUUGAAGACUAUGGGCUGAUGGUGUUGGUCAAGGGUACAGUAGGUUUCCUUAGGUUCUUAAUGUAAUGGGUCAUUGCUGUUGAAUUACAUGUUUAUAUUUGUACUGGACUGCAGGUCAAACCAAAGCCUGUCAAACUCAGUAGGGGCGCUGUCUCCCUCAGGUAACCGCAGGCUUUGAUAAGCUUUCUACUUACAAUUAGCACACUGCCACACAGGCUUUUCCUGCACAGUACUCUCCUUCCUUUGUGAAAAAUCUGUCUGCAUCAACAAGUUCUUUUUGUCUGGAGCGAAUCCAACAAACGCUUUUGAGAGCUGCGGCAUGGAAUUCCUUGCAAGGUUGGGAAAGGGCACACAAAGCACUUCAAAGAGAGAUUCUGGGAAGAAGUGAACCAUAUGCGAGUAGAAACAGCCGAGUAUUCUCCCACCCCUCCACUCCAAUAAUACCUUGUUCCCACGCUACGCAUGCAGUAGAACUGUGUCAAAAGCAUUACUUGGUGGCCUCUUGGACAUGGAUUAACCGUGUAGCUCCCCGAAGUAGGACGACAGUUUAAAAUCCAAUGCUAUGAACAUCUGUUCCCACAGAUGCAAUGUAAUUGAAAAUGUCGACAGGACAAGAUAACUUGCCUGUUCUUAUUUAUCACUACUCCUCUGAAUUGCCAGGGACCCACUGAAAAUGUUUGCAGUAAAGUGACUACAUCUCUUCUCUUACUUCUUGUAGCUGUCAGUCUUAGUCCCUAGGCGACACUGACCUCUAGUGGCUCAAUACAAGAACAGGAACUGCCAUUGGGUAACUUUUUUGCUUUCGGUUUACACUUUUCCCUUGCUAUAAGGAAAUCAGCUUGCUUUCCACUGAUCAAACCUUACGGGACUUGUUUUCUGACACUGUCAAUGUUUAUUUUAACACUCUUUAAUAUCUAAUUUUUUUGUAUUUAUUUUUUUAAUUUGAAUGUACAGAAUCAACUGACAUGAUAGAUAGAUAGAUAGAUAGAUAGAUAGACAGAUAGAUAGAUAGAUAGAUAGAUAGAUAUCAUAGUUAGGGCCCU